AUGGCUACAUUUUUAAAGACUGAAUACAGUAGAAAGAAAAUGAUUUUUGAGGGGUAUGUUUAUGUCCGUAAUGCUUUUAGUCAAGAUAAACAAACCAAAUAUUGGAUAUGUGAAUUAAAUGAACGAAGGGGAGAGCAUUCAUGUAUGGGCAGAGCUGUAACUAGUAUGAGACCUGGGUCUGAAGAUUUUGAAGUAACAGUCACUCAAAGUCAUAGCCAUGCUCCUGGAAUUGUACGCCAACGUUCACCAAGCACAGAAAGUAUCAAAAGUGACAGAACUGAGCCUGGAAAUGUCCCAGACACUUCUGCUUUUGCUGAUGAAAUGUCUGAAAAUAAAGAACAACAAAACGAUCAAGUGAUUGAUGAAAUUAUAGAGAAACUAAAUAAUGAGACAGAUCAAACAAUUAUUAUUGACGAAAUUAAGGCGGAAAAUAUAACGAUCGGCCCAACACCUGAUCAUACAAUAAACACUAGUAUUCAACAACCAAAUAAUUCACAACAACUUGAUAUACCUCCUUCACUUACAACCGAAGAACCUCCACCUAUUUUAGAACCUGAAAAUGAUAAUAUUUCUGUGUCAGUUUCUGAUACAAAUGCUCAAGUUACCUCUAAUAAUAUUUCAACAGAACCAACCAAUUUUUCUCUCCAAAGUUUGAAUAAAAUAAAACCCUCAACACCUAAUGGCUUUUUAUUGUGGUCAAUAGAUUAUAAACGAAAUAAUCAACUUGGGGUUUCCAGACACUUGGGUUUUGCAGAACAUUCUGAAUUGCAGAAAAUAGUGGGAGCAAAGUGGCAUACUUUGCCAGAUGAAGAAAAAAGGAUUUGGAAUGAGAAGGCGGAUCGAAUUCGUGCAGCUAAAUCGGCUAUUCACAAAAUUCCAAUAUUACGUCCUAAAAAGAAAAAAAUAAAGGCAAUAAUAUACCCAUUUAAAUUUAAUUUAUAA